GGCGAUGGACGUUUCAGAUUUGAGUGCAAGUUCAAUGGAGUACGAAAGCGGAAAUACAGAUGAAGAGGAAUUCAAUAUUUCGUCUGCCAACUAUAAUGCACCUCGUGAAGAUGAACAAAGUUUGGGAGACGAUGAUGUCGACGAAAGUAUGGAUGCAGAUGGUGUUGAUGUAGAAGAUGAUAAUGUAGAGCAAGAAGAAGAUGUUGACACUGAUAAUAUUCAGAGUGAUGUUCUGGAGGAGGCAACUGAUGACGAGAGAUUGGACUGUGGUUUUGUUGAUGAGGUCUUAGUUGGCGAUAAUUCUUCUUACGACUAUUACGGUGAUUCAGACUUGGAGAAUAUAGAAGAACCUGUUAGAAGAAGACAUGUGAAAUCAGUUGGUAAGAAAAAGAAUGGAUCAGAGGAUGAAGAUGAGAGUGAUACAGAAGAUAAGAGAAAGUUUUACUGGGAGUUGCUGCUCGAGGUGCGCCUAAGAAACGAAAGCGUAGAGAUGAUGGACAAGGACCCGUGA